UAAAUUGACACAAAUUUUAGGGUGAGGUUACUUUGAAGAGAAAAAAAAACCAAGAAUGCAUUACUUUUUCUAGAAAAUGGUGACUAAAAUAGGGAAAAAUGUGGUGUAACCUUUCUCACUUCUCCAAAGAAAUCCGUUCUUUGACAACUCUCAAUUUCGUCCGCAAAUUGAAAUACAAGUCUUGCCAUUUCUGAACGGUUGAGAAUAUUUUUUAGAUAAAAGAAAAAAAGUGCAGAAGCAAUGGCAGGUAAAUUGAAGAAGAAACAAUCAUUACGAGGAAAAGAUGUUGGCGAACAUCGGUUAUGUAGCGGUUCCUAUUCCCGAGAUAGGGCUGGAUCCCUUUCUAAAGUGGCGGAUGAAAGUGUGGUUGACACAUCCACGGAUAACACAAAAAUCUUGGAUGAAUCGUCAUCGAAGAAAUCUCUAAAUGAAAAAACGGUUGAUGAAUUAUUCGACUACAUUCUACACAAUCUUAAAGAGACAGGCAAGAUUCUAUGUGACUCUGAAUUAAAUAAUUCCCUCAAUCAAGUGAAAAGUGAGGUGAAAAGUACAAGCGCUUCGAAUGUCGAAACAACCAAACUAGCUAAAAGCUCCUGCACGUUCAAUCACCGCCGAAAAAGGACCUAAUUUCAAUUCCAAGAUUCAAAUUAAUUUUGUAAAUUUUAUAAUUAAUAAUUAAAGAUAAAAUGCGAUUUAUGGGCAUUAAGAAUUAACCUUUUCAGUUGAAGAACUAAAAUUGUAUUCGAAAUUUCAAAUUACAAUCCCUUGGAAUUAAUUUGUGUGAGCUGAAAUUUGUUAGACCUAUAGAAAGCCAGAAAAUGACAGUGAAUAUCUUUUCUGAUUUAAACACUUCACAUUUUAAAUUGUUUAAUUUUAAAAGCGAAUUAUGGUAUAAUUAUUUAAUUUUGAAGACUUAAAUUUUACCACUUUAAUUGGUUAAAUCUUGUAUUAUUUAUUUGUUAAAUUAAGAAUGUUAGAAAUUUAUGAACAUAUCACUUUUAAUGUUUAUUUUAAAGUCGAAUAGCGAGUCGCUUUUGCUUGCUUUUCUAAAAUAGUAAGUCUCUUUUUCAGAAUCUAUUUCGAAUUUAAAGGAUUUCUAUUUUAUUAUUUUCAGCUUGUAAUACAUACCAAAUUUUUAGAUAAAAAAUUGAAAUUUCCAAAAGAUAUGCAUUUUAGAGAUGCAGGCCUUAAUAGUUAAAGAAUUCUUAAUUCAUAACAUUAAAAAUCCAACUGUUUUAGUGUAAAACGUGAUAAAUUCGAUCAUUUCAAAUUUAUGGGGCAUAAAAUCUUUGCAAACUGAAUAAAUUAAAAAGAAUUUAAAUCACUUUUAUCAUUGAAAAAUUAAAAAUUACUGCAUUAAAAACCUUCUCUUUUGAA